CGCAUGCGCAGUGCGCAUCCUGCGGUGUGGGUGACGCAGGUGGUAUAUUGAGUGAGAGAGAGAGAGAGAAACAGCGAUGUUUACAUCUCAGACAUCUUCAUUCCAGGAAUCUCUGGAUGUAGAAGAUAAAGAUGCAGAUUUCGAUAAUGAAGAACUCGCCGCAUACGGACAGAAAACACAGCAGAUCAACUGCUACUAUUCUAUCUAUUAUUAUCAGAGCGCGAGAACGGAAUCUUCUGAGGAGAGUGUAUCCUGGAGCCAGAGGAGAUCUGACUCCACUACGAGCCAGGAGGACUUUAGUUUAACUCUACUGGACAGCAGCCUGCCAUCAGAGGCAGAACCUGAAUUGCGGAGCUACAUCUCAUGCAGACUGUGUAAAGGAGCUCUGCUGGGUGGCAUGGGCAACAUUGCUACGGUAGAGCUGAGUCUUCCUGAGCAGGCAGUGGGUUGUUACUGCUGCUUCCUGGAGCAGGAGAAAUCUCCGGAACAGCCCGAGGCAGACGGUAACGGCUGGGUGGUUUGUCUUCUCGGAGGCUCUGAGAAAGGCCUCAAUUUGUUCAGAAUCGAGCUGGAUAAAUACGUGCAGGGUCUCCAGAGCAGCCUGACACCAGAAAUGCAGAAUCUGGAGUCUGAGAUCCGGCCGUAUCUGAGCCGCUGGUACGAGGAGUCCGUCAUGCACAUCCACCGUGUGGUGCAGCUGGUGCAGGCCAACAUCGCCUUCCUGCUUCAUGCUGCUUUAAGUCACACUCACGUGGAGGUGACCGGAGCAGAUGAGAGGACCAAGACAGAUGUGGUGAGGUUUAUUAAAGCGGCGAGUCUUCAGGGUUUGGUGCAGGAGGAACCGAACACGACGGCGUUGUGUAAAUCCGUUUCUGAGACCUCGCACUCGGACCUGCUGAUCGACUGCUCCAGCGGAGAGGCGACGUUCACUAACACGGUGACCAACCGGUUCUGUGACGAGUGGAUCCCGGCGUUUGUGAACGCAGCCGAGCGUUUUAACCCGUUCCUCCUGCGACAGAUCCUGGACAACUUCAAACUCAAGGCCAUCCAGGACAUGAACAACCUGAAGCGUUUUAUCCGCCAGGCAGAAAUGAGCCACUACGCUCUGUUCCGCUGCUGCCUCUUUCUGCAGAGCUGCGGAAACGGAGAUGUUCUUCUGCAGAACGCUCGAGCCGAACACAGCGGCCUUCCUGAAGCCUGCAGCAUCAUCCGUGUGCUGGAAGAGUUCCUCAGUGAGCAAGCUGCGAUCACGGCGCAGUGAUGAGACCCGGCCUACAGGGGGCGCUGACAAUUCACAGCAAAGUUAAAAGGACCAUUCUAUAUCUAUGUACGUUACAGUUUUUCCUCUGAGUGUGUGAUCUGGAAUGAGUCCGGUGCACUGACAGUGUUGAUGCUGACGGUGCAGUGAGUUGACAUGGCCUGCAGGGGGCAGAACGUGAACGCUAUACUGUACAUUCCGUGUGUGUGUGUGUGUGUGUGUGUGUGUAUGUGUGUGUGUGUGAAUAUAGAUUUAGCUCAUAUGCUAAUCUCGGGUAUCGUGCAAUUUGGUCGAAUCACACCAAUGUCACACAUGAUCAUCAUAUCAUUAAUCAUGAAGAAUGUAAAUCUGAUACGUAUAAUUUUCACCUCAUAAUCACUGAUUAAACUCUAACACUUGGGCUUUAAUUGUCCAUCAUUUUGUGUAAUUUAAUUUAGUUAUCACUGCACUAUGUACUGAAUUGAAUUGUGACAACACUAAUGAUGAACUGAACAAGUGACAGAUUCUUUUUUUCAUUAAAUCAUUAAUUUCAUUGCACAGGUUUGUUUCUGAUUGUGUUUAUUCUUCAUGUCGAAUGAGACCCCGUGUGUGUCCUCGUGAACUUCAAUGUGACUUACUGUCAAUAAAUACACAUGAAAAUGGA